GGUGGGACCCAGGAGCCUCCGAGGAGGCCACGCCCCCAGACUCCCAUUGGCUACUUUUGAACGUGAGGAACUCGCCCCUCCCGAGGCCGCGGUGGCUUUAUAAAAACCAGACGGCUGGGCUGGCGUCUAGCAUUUUAUAGUAUCUUCUCGUGCGCUCAGACUCAGUAUCGCACGCUUGCACCUAACACACGGCAGCUCGUUUUUUUCGUCCGCUCCUUUUCGUCUUCUCACUUACCCCAUCGCCAGGAUCAUGAAAGUCGCCAGUGGCAGCGCCGCGCCCGCCGCGGGCCCCAGCUGCGCGCUGAAGGCAGGCAAGACAGCGGGCGGCGCGGGCGAGGUGGUGCGCUGCCUGUCAGAGCAGAGCGUGGCCAUCUCGCGCUGUGCGGGCGGCGCCGGGGGGCGCCUGCCCGCCCUGCUAGACGAGCAGCAGGUGAACGUGUUGCUUUACGACAUGAAUGGCUGCUACUCGCGUCUGAAGGAACUCGUGCCCACCCUGCCCCAAAACCGCAAGGUGAGCAAGGUGGAGAUCCUCCAGCACGUCAUCGACUACAUCUGGGACCUGCAAUUGGAGCUGGACUCUCAGUCCGCCGUUGGGGCCCCCGGAAGCCGGGGCCUGCCCGCCCGGGCUCCGCUUAGCACCCUCAACGGCGAGAUCAGCGCCCUGGCGGCCGAGGCUGCCUGUGUCCCAGCGGACGAUCGCAUCUUGUGUCGCUGAAGCGCCGCCUCGGAGCGGCGGACCCCAGCCCUUGAGAGAGCGAGAGGGAAAGUGCUCUCUGGUCCCCCCCACAAGCGGCUCACCAGAGCUGGAAGAGAGGACAAGGUUGAGAUCGGCGGGUCUCCAGCGCCUGCCGGGUCGGGCCCAGGGCUUGGGGGACCGAAGAGGGAAGGCCAGCUCUCCCUCCACGCCUGUCAGCCGCCAGAGACUCGGAGCUUGUUGGGGAGAUGAAAUUUCCCGCCCCGUGUGUUUCUAUUUUUUGAAAAGCAGACAUUUUAAAAAAUGGUCACGUUUGGUGCUUCUCAGAUUUCUGAGAAAAUUUAUUGCUUGUAUUGUAUAUUACAAUGAUCACCGACUGAGAAUAUUGUUUUACAAUAGUUCUGCGGGGGUGUGUGUGGUUUUUUUGUUAUUAAACAAAUAGAUGAUGGUAAAGUUGGACUGUCUUCUUGGAUUGGGUGGGGAGGGCCCUCUUGGCAGCUGGUGCCUGGGAGGAAGGUGGGGAGGGCCACAUCUGGACUGUUCUUUAGCGAUCUGGAUGAGCGUUUCCGCUGUCUUUCAAAAGUCUAUUCUUUCCUGUGUAACUGGCCAUUUCCCUGCUCCCCAGUGUCAUAAAAUUAAAUCCCCUAGACCUCUAGAGUUUCUCAAAGUGGUCCUUGGGCCAUCUGGGUCACCUGGGGAGGUUGUUAAAAUGCAGAGUAGCCUGCCAAGGCUCCCUUUGGUGUUGGGAGUAUUCAACAAGCCAUUUAAGUUGGAGAACCAGGUCACUGAACCACCUGCUACCUUGCCAAGAUGU